AUGGCGGCCGCAGAGCAUCCUGUAUUAUCAAACGUAACUUUCAUCGACCCGACACCACCGCCAGAUGACAUUCCUAAAGUGGACGAAGUUGGAGCAACCUCAGCUCCGUUAAAAUCAGUAGCAUUUUUUAUUGGUGCUUAUUGUAAAGAAUAUAAUGAAGAUUUCAUGUUAUGUAAAAACGAAAAUAACGAUCCCGCACAUUGUUUAAAAGAAGGUAGAAAAGUUACUAGAUGUGCUAUCGACUUAAUUCGUAAAGUGCGUGAACAUUGUGAUCCUGAGUUUGAAGCUCAUUGGCAAUGCUUAGACAGAAACAACCAAGAACUUCGCCAUUGUAGAGGAUUGGAGCGAAAAUUUAAUUCAUGUGUUUUUAGUGCCCUGAAUCUAGAAAAAGGUAUUCCUGGGACACCUCCGAACAAAACUCCUAUUCAUCUUAAAGAGAAACCUUUAUAUAAAGAACGCCCACGUUGGUAA